AGGAUUUCAGCAACACCCUGGCUUCAAUGGAGCAUUAUUUUAAGUUGGAGAUAGAGCAGCUGAAAAAACAAAAUGGUGGGGUGAAUGAAGCUGCGGAAGGACAUGAGGACCUCGGUAGUCCUCAUAUGAAUGAAGGAGGCAACAAUGACUUGUCGCCAUUACAUGCCUAUGUAAGUCCGCCGACAGAACCGGCAGUAAUGGAAACACAAGUCCCCGGUGAUGGAGCCGAACCUUCCGCAGCCAUGGUAGUUGAAGAGGCAAAAAUGGCCGCUUCAGUUCCUCACUCAGAAGUGCAUGAAGUAGCUGACCCGGCAGAAUCCGAUGAGCUGCCUACCCCGGAAGAUGUUGCUGGGUGUGACGAAAUCUGCCAAAGAGUCAUGAAGCUGUUAGAAGAUUGGAAAAUCACUAAGAGUAUGCCAUCGGGAGGUUUGAUGAAUCCUCCAAGUCUACCCACAGUUACUAUGGCUGGUGAUGAAGAAGGUAGUUCAAGUGUUGAAAAAAAAAGAAGUGGAAGGUAAAGGGUGCAGACAGAAGCGCCCGGCGCAGACAUUGUUGAGCCCAUUUACAGAUCCUUUGAGGAAGAAGAGGACGAUGACUGUGUCGGCUGCGACUGCAACCCCGCCAUGUUUUGAUCCAUCCAAAUCCUUGCCCAUUGAAGAUGUGAAGGCAGUACUACAGUUUUGCAGUGCCUGGAAAAGCGAUAUCAGUGCGGAGGUGCAGCUGGAAUCAUUUUCAGUGGGCGCUGAUUUUUUCUACAGACUUGUCGAUGAAACCGAAUGGAUGAGCUCAAGGCACCUGGACAUGGCAACCUUUCUUAUCCGCAAAAGGCAACUAUCUCAUCCGUUGGUUUUUGGAACGGACUGGACAACGGCAGAUUGUUGCUUGCAGCAAUUUCUAGAGCCGUUCAAACCGACUGGCAGGAAACCAAGCUGA